AACCGCCAAAAACAUCGACCUUGGGAACUGACAGGCCGCAGCGGGCAACCCAACUGCCUGACUGACUUUGUCGCUCACUAGAGAGUAUUUGACUUCCUGGAUGAAUGAUUUUCAGAAUUUGAGCUUCAUUUUGCUGCUGUGUUUCAGGGAAGCUCGAGGGUGACCUGGUGGUCUCAGCACUCAGAUAUAAGCUCUUGGUCAUAUAUUAGGCCUUGAUUCAAGCAUCCCUUCACAGCGAUAGGGACGCCCAGUUGACGGCACUGGGCUUGUCGACAAGUUAGCAUAAUCCGACCAAGUCCUUUCGUUUAGGUCUAGGCGCUAACCGUGUGGAGCAGAAAGUAGACUCGUCUGGUUGGUGUGCUGCAUCUAGUGGAUGCUGACUGCCGUUUGGUUUACUUCUGAAGUCAGCUUACUUCAGGUCGUGAUUACGCAAUAAGGCACCACGUCCUGUGCGUCGUACCGGAAUUCAAGAUCUUGAGGUCGUUACUAACUUGUAAAGAUGGUAAACAAUCCAGCAGCCGUUUCGGCCGUAGGAGCAUGGACCAUGAAUGUGGUCAGCUCAGUCGGCAUCAUCAUGGUCAACAAGCAAGUCAUGUCGGGUUACGGCUUCAGAUUUGCGUGCACAUUGACGGGAUUCCAUUUCGCGGUCACAGCGUUGGUCGGCAUGGCGUCAGCUGCAGUGGGGUAUAUUUCAAACAAAGCCACCGUGCCGUUCCUGGAGCUCGCCUGGUUCUCCAUCGUUGCGAAUCUCUCCAUUGUCGCCAUGAAUCUCAGCCUUAUGCUCAACACUGUUGGCUUCUACCAGAUUGCAAAGCUCAGUAUCAUACCGACCGUGUGUCUCUUUGAAGCGUUGCUUCACUCCAAGGCCUACUCUCGGGAAGUGAAAUUCUCAGUGGCCGUUGUGAUGGUGGGGGUGGGAGUCUGUACGGUCACUGACGUCAGCAUGAACCUCAUGGGUUUCAUCUCGGCUCUCGUCGCUGUCAUCAGCACCUCCCUGCAACAAAUUUUCAUCGGGUCCCUCCAGACAAAGUACAACAUUGGCUCCUUUGACCUGCUCAGCCAAACUGCACCCAUCCAGGCAGCAUCCCUGGUGGUGCUCGGCCCCUUCGUGGACUACUUCAUCACAAGUCAGAACAUCAUAGACUUCACCCUUACUGCAGGAUGCACGGCUUUCAUCAUUCUCUCCUGCACCCUUGCUGUCUUCUGCAACCUGAGUCAGUACCUCUGCAUCGGAAAGUUCUCAGCAACCUCGUUCCAGGUCCUGGGCCACAUGAAGACAGUCCUUGUCCUCGUUUUAGGCUUCGUCCUGUUCAGCUCCCCAAUCACCAUAAAGAAUGUGAUGGGUAUGCUCGUGGCCGUGGUGGGGAUGGUGUUGUACAGCUGGGCUGUGGAGAAGGGCAAGAAGGAGAAGGACGGGAAGGAGACAGGGUUGACCAUGGUACAACCAUCUCCUAGAGCAUCGGAUGGCAAUGUGAGUGUUGGUGAAGGGGAGAGAGCGGGUCUGCUUGCGACGGGUGGGGCUGGAGAGGAGGACUUGGAAUCUGGGAAGCAAGGUUGAAGUUGGGAUGGCAGUAGCUGCUGCGUUAUAGAUUGAUACAGUAAUAGCCAGAGAUAUUGGUUUACUAUUUGCCGUCUAUUCAUUUGCAUUGUAGCCAACUUGAAUGUUGAUGUCAAAGGAUCCAAGUUGUGCAAGCUGCACUGUAAUGAUUUGAUUUUGGGCCGCGGUCGGUCAGUGCCA